GACUGUCAGCAGCUUUUUAUGAUGUAGCUGCGUUCAAUUCUGGGAAUUCUCAUGGCUGUGUUCAUGCUUGUCUAUUUUCACCACAAGAUUAAACAGCGGUAAGCGAUUACGCAGGUGUCAGGGAGAAAGAAGCUGCUAAAGAUCUCUUUUCUCUAAAAGUCUGUGAAGUGUGUUGACUGAGAAGUUGGUUGGAAUCAGAGCCCACAUCAGAUUGAUGGGAUGAGGCGACUCCGGGGCUUUGAAGCUGGGCUCCAGUUUAUCUUCUUUUCUAUUGCCUUUAGCCUACAUAUACCUUCUGAAGUGGAGCAGCCGCCAACAAUCACAGCUCAAUCUGAAAGCUCUGUUGUUGCUUUUGCGUUUGAUUCUAAUUUCACAUUGACAUGUGAAGCUACGGGGAAUCCGAAACCAGAGUUUUACUGGACUAAAAAUGGCCUUGACUUUAACCCACAUAAUGACGUCCGACUCAAAACCUUUGAAAACAGUGGAAGUUUUGUCAUUCCAUACAACAAAUACCUUGUAGAAUAUCAGGGUACAUACAGAUGCUAUGCAUCCAAUAAACUGGGAGUAUCAAUGUCAGAGGAAAUCAAUUUCAUUGUACAUUCUGCACCAAAGUUUCCAAAAGAAAAUAUACAACCACUAGCGGUAAAUGAGGGAGAUCCAGUGGUCCUGGAAUGCAACCCACCACAAGGCAUUCUACCUCGCCAUCUCUACUGGAUGACGAUGGGUCUUGAACACAUUGAACAGGAUGAUCGAGUGUCCAUGGGAUCGAAUGGGAACCUGUAUUUUUCAAACGUAUUGAGUAAAGACAGCCGUAGUGACUACUGCUGUUUUGCUUCAUUCCCAAGUAUUCGCACCAUCGUACAGAAAACUGCCAUGUCUAUUGUGGUCAUAUCAUCAAACCCAAAUGGUGAAACAGAUGUCACAAUUUCUGAGAAAAAACCGAAUCUUCUGGUGCCCCCUGGUGAUCUGUCCCAAACAUAUCUGGUGCAAGGACAGGAUCUUGAGAUUGAGUGCAUUGCACAAGGAUACCCCACACCAGUAAUAGAAUGGACCAAGACGGGAGAAAAGUUGCCAAAACGCACCAAUAUCAAGAACCAUGGGAAAAUGUUGAUUAUAACAAAUGUCACUGAAGCAGACAGUGGAAGAUAUAAGUGCAAGGCGAAGAAUUCUGCUGGUGAAGCAGUUCAUUCCUUUGACAUUACAGUAGAAGAGCCACCACAUUGGGUGCAAGAGCCAAUAAAAAGUAUGGUAGUGGCAAUUGGAUCAGAAGUAAACAUAAAAUGUCAUGCUUCCGGAAAGCCACCACCCACAAUCACCUGGAUGAGGAAUGGUGAACCUCUCCAAGCACUGCCCUCAUCCAAUAUCAAUGUGCUACAUAACAGAUUAAUUCUGUACAACACCCAAGAAAAUAACAGUGCGGUGUAUCAGUGUCAGGCCUCCAACAGACAUGGCACUUUGCUGAACAAUGCAAACAUCAUGGUUAUGAAUCUUCCUCCAUUGAUCUUGACACAAAAUUAUCUAAAGUAUGGGGCUGUGUGUGGGAAAAGUGUCACCCUGGACUGCAAAGUGUUUAGUUCUCCACCUGCUGAUAUCCACUGGAGAAAAGAAGGCCUUGAAGGUCCUGUGGUAGGAAAACGGUUCUUUCUUCUUAAAAAUGGUUCCCUGCAGAUUCACAAAACUGAGGUAGAAGACACGGGAAUAUAUAUUUGUUUUGUUAACAACUCAGAGGGCAACUCCAGCAUUAAUGCAAAACUUCAUAUAAAAGACCCAACCAAAAUCGUGACCCCUCCUCAAGAUAUAAAAAUCAAGAGAGGGACAUUGGCAGAGCUUCUGUGCAAGGUGCAGUAUGAUCAGUCAUUCACUGAUGAGCUGGAAAUUCUCUGGCAGAAAGAUGGAAAAGAUAUAAAUUCCAACUACACUGAGGUCUCAAGAUUCUACACUGAUAAGGGAAUAUUGCAGAUAAACAAUGUGAGCCACACAGACAAAGGGAUGUACACAUGUAUUGCUAGAACGUCUCUCGACCAAGAUACAGCAUCUGCAUAUGUAACUGUGCUAGAUGUCCCUGGCCCAACAGUAAAGUUAACAUUAACGGAUCUGCGGCCUCGUAGUGUGACGCUUCAUUGGAUGCCUACCGAGGACAAUAACAGUCCCAUAACAGAGUACAUCAUUGAAUUUGAGGAGAACCACUGGGAGCCAGGAAAGUGGAUUCCACUUCUGCGAGUAUCUGGCCAAAAGAACUCUGCUCCACUCUCAUUAUAUGGACAUAUUAACUACCAGUUCAGAGUCAGUGCUGUCAAUGCCAUUGGCAAAGGUAGUCCCAGCAAACCUUCUGAGAGAUAUAAAACUCCUUCUGCUGCCCCAGAUAGGAAUCCGGAAAAUAUAACGAUUAUUGGUCGUUCACCUCAUCAGAUGGACAUUACUUGGGAGCCUUUGAAGCCUAUUGAACACAAUGGACCUGGCCUAGAGUACAAGCUUAGCUACAGAAAGAUGGGUGUUGAGGAAAGCUGGACAGAGGAGAAAAUCAAGAGGCAUUCCUUUAUUGUGAAAGAUACCCCGACAUAUAUUCCUUAUGAGGUUAAGGUCCAGGCCUACAAUAAUUAUGGUUCGGCAAUGGAACCCAAUGUGGUGACUGGAUUUUCUGGAGAGGACUUGCCAGUUGCAGCUCCUGAGAAUGUAGAAGUAAAGGUGUUUAACUCCACGCUGCUUCAUGUCAGCUGGUCUCCUGUUGAACAGGACCAGCUCAGGGGCCAUCUUGAAGGUUACAAUGUGCAUUUGUGGAGAACAAAAAGCCUGUUGACUUCUACAGAAAUUCAUGCUGAGAAGCAGUUUCUGAUCCUUCCAGGCUAUCACGUGGGCACCAUUGUGCCUGGGCUGAAACCUUUCUCCCAAUAUCGCCUCAUUGUCAAUGUCUUUAACAGGAAGGGCAAUGGUCCCAGCAGCGAGCCGAUCACCUUCACAACACCGCAGGGAGUUCCUGAAAUGCCUCCUAUACUCAGAGCCACAAACCCUCAGGAUAACUCCAUCACACUGGUGUGGGCUCCACCGCUUGAGGCCAACGGUGUUCUCACAGGAUACCAGCUGCAAUACCAGAUAUAUAAUGGUACAAUGGAUACUGGUGAAGUAUACAGAGUUAACAUCAGUGGACCAGAGACAACACAAUGGGUUCUACAUGAUCUGGAGACAGCCAGCUACUACAAGUUCAAUCUGAGUGCUUGUACACUUGUGGGCUGUGGACCAGCUAUCAGUGAAGAGAGUUUCACUGCUACUUCAGCACGUGCAACAGGUGCAUAUGGGAGUAUUUCUACUAACAGCUGGUUUAUUGGAAUCAUGUGUGCUGUGGCACUGCUCACACUGGUAGCUCUAAUUGCCUGCUUUGUGACCAAGAACAAAGGUGGAAUGUAUGCAGUGAAAGAAAAGGAAGAUAUGCGACCACAUCUAGAGCCUAGAGGAAUGAAUGAUGAGACUUCUUGUGAAUACAGCGACAGUGAUGAAAAGCCUCUAAAGAACAGCCGGCCUACACUAGUGGGAGACAUCAAAGAAGACAGCAGCAGCAUAGACGGCUCCAAUGACUACGGGAACGAGGACUGUGAGUUCAGUGAGGACGGAUCUUUCAUUGGUGAAUAUGUUGACUACAAACAAAGGUUAUCCAUGGAGUUGACAGUUUGACAUGUUGUUUCUUCUUUUAGACUAUUAAAUGAGUGGGGCUGUGUGAAAUUUAAAGAUGCAAAUGGAUGUAUAUUAAGGAUCUGUGUGUCUCUAAAUGGUGAUUUUCUGUAAAGUGUAAAAAACACUGGAACAUACAAGUGUAAUUAUCAUAACAAACUAUGUUUCUUAUUUACAUAAAAACUAGCUAUGCUUCUUUGUUCAACACCUUGGAGGAUUAGACGUUAUUCUUUCAGAAAACUGUUCUGUUAAAUCAUUCAUCAUGUCAAGACACCACACUUUUUGUUAGACAUGGUACACAUGAGCACAUAAAUGUCCUUUCAGAAAGUCAUAAGGUAUUAUAGGUAUAAUUUUUAUGUUGGCUUUGUAGAAGCCAACAUUCUGUUUUCCUAUUUCAGCUUAGACAAAAAUUUAUAAAAUUUAAUGCGGCCUAGGGCUUUCGAGCCACAUGAACCAAAUUCGGAUAUGUUUUAGAUCCUGGUCUGAAGUUUGUUGCUAUUACUUUUCUAAGCGAUCCGAGUACCGGUACUUCCGGUACUGGGUCUCAAACUGGCCUUUUUUCCCAUAGACUCCCAUUAUAAACUUUGGAGGUUUAUAACUCAGCAAGCUUUCAAUACUCUGAACAAAGUUUUAAAUUGGUGUACCGACUGGCCUUUCAGUUGUGCCGCAGCCCCGCCCCCAAAAUAUGCAAAAUCAAAAAACUUUUUACAACAUGGACAUGUGACAUAUCAAAACACUCAGAACAAUGAGGGGAACUUCCUCACGUGUAUUCUGAUGAUGUCACAUGCUCGUCUCCACUUGCCUCCAAAUGUUUUGGCACCCUAUCUUUCUGUCCACUUGCCUCCAAAAGUAACACUGACCCUUAUGUCCACUCACCUCCAAAAAGCACCAGCCUUUGCGAAUACUUGCCUCGUCAAAGCCAACAUCAAAGUUUGUCACGACGAACUUUACAAAUCUAGUUUUAUAUUGUUGCAGAAGAUUGACAUAAUUAUUUCUGAUUGUUUUGAAAUGUAAAUCUGAAAACGUGGCACUUCUAGUAAGGUACUCAUUUAAAAUAAUCAUUUACACUGCCAUCUGAAAGUGUUUUAAAAAAAAAGUUAUGACCCAUACUUUUGUUUUUGCAUAGCAGUAUUUUCUUAUUUACAUAAAUUAUGCAUGCAGAUACACAGUGGUGCAGUUUACCAAUCAUUACUUAAAGAGCAUAACGAACAUACUUAACAUACAUACAUUCACUUUUUUUUUUACACGAUUAAUGAACAUACUUAAAGCGUACAGAAUUUCUAGAGAUUUGUCAUUCCAGAAAAAUCCAUUCCUUUCCAAUACAUGAGAUUUUCAUUAAAAACAGUCAUUAAAACAUUUAAAACCUGCUUGGCACUUAUCUUGUAUCGCAGUUUAUGCCUACCUCUAUUUCAUUUCUUAAAAGAUCUUUCAGAGGUUUAAUGUACAUAAUGUAGUUUUCUUUUCUUUUCAGUGAAUAUAUAUUUUUGUAUGUUUGCACAUUCUUUUUUUUUUUUUACUUUAUUUGUACAGUAAAUACUGUCGUCCAUACUGAAGUCUCAGAAUGUUGUUCAGAAUAUUAGACAGUGUAUACAUGCAUAGACAAAGGGAAGCUUAGAUGCUGCAUUAUUAUUAUUUUUGCAUUAUUUGCAUUAUUGUUUGCAACCAGCUUCAUACAGUGAUCUCCUGCCAUAUUAGCAGGGCAAGAAUCACUAGUCAGCCUGUGCAAGUUUUUUGAGAAAUGUGGGUCUAACCUUGAUCGUGUAUUUUGCUUUAUGUAUAUGUAUUGUCAUACAAUUUGCUCCUUUUUUUUUUACAGAUAUAACAUUGAUAUAACAGUGAUGUAAAUAUACAGUUGGACAGCCUGCCUAAACUAGACUAGACUAAAAAGACCCUAAUAAAAUAUAAACACA